UUAUUGACCACCACUGUAGGCGUUGGUUGCAGUAAAAGGGGCUAAAAUCUUUACAAUAAAUAUUAAACAUAAACUAUGACGUAUUAUGAAAAUACUUUGAAUCAUACACAAAUAAUACAAUUUAUGUUUUAUGUUUACGUACCUUACACUUUUGUCUACUUUUUUGGCCCUGAUGGAAAUCGAAAUGCUCAAGGUGCAAGACAAACGCAUCCAAUUACGCAUUCCAUACCAAGUGCUCCAGUGAUUCAUUAGCUUGGGACUGGUUGGUUCAUCAGCAGAGUGAUUGGGUUGUGGUUUCAUUUGUUGUCAUUCUUGCUUCUAGAGAACAUUUUAUUCCACAACAAGCAAAAUGAGACCAAAUACAGCUAAUUCCUUCUUGGAGCUUCUAUUCAUAACGCUAUUGAUUGGCUCCCUUUUGCUGCUGUGCCCUGUUAGAGCAGCCGCUACCAAUAAUGUCAAUGUUCAGAGCUCAAACACUCUAAACAAGACUGAUCAACUGCCAGUCACCAUCUACUACGAGACUCUAUGCAGUGAUAGCAUGGUUUUUAUAACUCAUCAGCUGUACCCUUCCUGGUUGCGCCAUCAAAAAGAAAUGAAGCUUCGGCUGGUGCCCUUUGGAAAGGCAUGGAUCGAGGAGCAUCCCAACGAAGAACCCAAAUAUCAUUGCCAGCAUGGACCUCGAGAAUGUCAGCUGAACAUUUUGCACGGCUGCAUUCUCAAAAAACUGCCACCCAAAAAGGCAUUCUCGGUGGUGGCGUGUCUGAUGAAAAACUUCCGCACUAGCUUCGAACAGUGCAUGGAAGGACACGAGUCGUUCCAAACCUCCGUCGUUAAUUGCAGCCAAGGGCAACAGGGAGCUAAGUUGUUCAAAGAGUUUGCCAACGAAACAGAUAACGUUCAUCGGCCGCUUCCCUUCGUACCAACGAUCGUUGCUGAUGAGCCCUAUGACUAUUACGAGCAAGACGACUGGUUGCAACAUUUUGACAGGAAGUUUAUGGAACGUUAUGAGGCAAAGUUUGGUGUUAAGCUAUGAUGUGCGUCAUUAUGUGAAACAUGAAUAAGGUUCCAAUUUUUGCAGGAAUGACGAGCAGGAGUCAAACAAAUAUGUGUAAUAAAAUGUUAUCCAGAAUCAUU